CUGUCGUUGAUGGCUGGGUCGACUGCUGUUGCAGCGAUGUCUCCUUGGUAUGGCGGAAACCAAACCGUAACGCCGCCGCCUUCCUACUCAACUUACGCAACGACCAGUUCCUGCACCGAUGUCUUCAAGUACUACACCACCAAACCACGGGAGUUUUAUACCACAACUUACGCUGCCCCGAGCCACUACACUGAUGCCCUGAAGUAUUACUCUGCCCUGAGUUACUACACCAUCUAGGCGACGGAUGGCACCACAUGACUACGUAUACUGCCUAUCCUACUACACCGAGGCUUCAAACUGCUUUACCGAGGCUCCUGCUGAUGUCUCCACCAAGACGGUCGAAUACUACACUGAAGCGACAAAGUACUACUCUGCCCCGAUCUACAUAACCACAACUGAGGCGGCCAAGUAUUACGCAGUCCCGACUUGCUACACCAAAGCUGCUCUUUCGUGCUGCGUCGAACAGAGAUACUACACUGAUGCUCCAGUCUACUACACCACGACCUACGCUACACCUAGCUACAACACCGCAGACCCCAAGUUCUACACCGAAGAAGGCGUCCAUACACAACUACGUACGCUGCCUAGCUUACUACAUCGAGGAAUUUAAGUAUUACUCCAAACUACUACCAAACUGAGGUUCAUAUGUAUUACAUCAGCAAUUCUCCCCACCUUGUCACCACUAUUUACGCUGCUCCGAGCUGUAUACCGAAGUUCUGAAAUAUUUUUUGGAUGUGUUGAAAGAUUGUUGAAAUACAAGAUUGAUUGAUAAAUCACAA